CGGAUGUGCGUACUACGAGGUCUCGCGUUAGCGUGCUGCAGUUUUGUGGCGUUUUCCCCGAAGCAAAGUUUGUUCGUUUGUGAAGGAGUGCACAAUUAACGACGGGACAAAGGAAUAAACUACAAUCGUGUCGUGUUUAGCAAAGAAAAGGGGUUUUGCGUCGGUGCGUGUGUGUGAUUCACCUCAUUGUGCAACAUUGCUAACUGUUGUUUUCUCUGUAUACUCGUUUCGGCAGUGCGUACGGAUGUGAGUGUGUGAGUGUACGGUUGUUUUAACUUGCAUUUUCCAGCGUGUAUCAUUUCCCGGUUUUCCUUGCAAAAUACUGUUUUCCCUAGCUGCUUUUCGUACAAAGCGGGAACGCUAUUCGUUGUGCGUGUGUGUGAAUGUUCGUAGUUUCUCCUGUGCGAAGUGAGGAAGAAGCCGAGAAAUUCGAUUGUUGCACUGCAGCGCGUGGCAUUUAACACAUUCCUAAUGUCUCGGUGUGUGACUGCGGUGUAGAAAGAAACCCGAAACGUGAAGCAUCGAGCUAAACAUGACAAAAUCAUUGGGCGGCUUGCCGCUUGGUCUAAUCGUCUGCAUACUGUUCGUCACUGUCAGCAUAACUUCCGCAGAGUAUUAUCAGAAAGAGUCCUAUUCCGAGUAUGACUGCAAUGAACCUUUACUGGAGCACGCCGUCCUUUCGGCCACUUCCCAGCUGCGUGAACGGGGGCCGGAAAAUGCUCGAUUAAACGGUGGCUACUCCUGGACCGCCCAGCAGUCCGACUUCGACCAGCAGUUCAUUAUUGAUCUGGGUGACGUACGCAACAUAACCCGCAUCGAAACGCAGGGCCGACCGCACAGCAACGAGUACCUAACCGAGUACAGCAUCAGCUAUGGUUUCAACGGGCUCGACUACAUCGACUACCGGGAGCCAGGUGGCAACACCAAGCUAUUUAAGGGUAAUCGAGACGGUGAUUCCGUCCGUAUGAACUCGUUCGAGGUACCCAUCAUCGCACAGUGGGUCCGUGUCAAUCCGACACGCUGGCAAAACCGAAUUUCCCUGCGUGCGGAACUGUACGGUUGCCGUUAUGAAUCGGAAAGCAUUUACUUCAACGGAACAGGCCUCGUGCGAUACGAUCUGCUGCGAGAUCCAAUAGCGGCAACACGCGAAUCGAUACGGUUCCGGUUCAAAACUGCCCAUCCGAAUGGUGUGCUGCUGUAUUCGCGCGGUACCCAGGGCGAUUACUUCGCGCUCCAGAUAAAGGACAACCGCAUGGUGUUGAAUGUGGAUUUGGGUGCGAAGAUUAUGACUUCACUAUCGGUGGGCAGUCUGCUGGACGAUAACAUCUGGCACGAUGUGGUAAUAUCCCGCAAUCGUCGUGAUAUCAUCUUCAGUGUCGAUCGUGUGAUCGUGCAGCGGCGCAUUAAGGGCGAGUUCGACAAGCUUAAUCUGAACCGUGAGUUUUAUAUCGGUGGUGUGCCCAAUCUUCAGGAAGGACUUGUGAUUCAGCACAACUUUACCGGCUGCAUUGAGAAUCUGCAUUUCAAUGCAACGAAUUUCAUCCGCGAGAUGAAAGAUGCGUUCUACGAUGGUGAACAUUUGCGCUACAAGAUGACGCACGUUACUUACAACUGCCCCGAACCACCGAUCAACCCGGUCACGUUUCUGACGCGUGGUUCCCACGCCAAACUGAAGGGUUACUACAGUUCGAAGCAGUUUAACGUUAGCUUCGCCUUCCGGACGUACGAGGAGAAGGGUCUAAUGCUGCACCAUGACUUCCUGCAAGGUUCCGUGCAGGUGUUCCUCGAGGAUGGUAAGGUGAAGGUACGCCUAAAGGAGGACAACUACGAGCAUAAUCCGGGCACGAUACUGGACAACUAUGAGGAACAGUUUAACGAUGGCAACUGGCACCAUAUGAUGCUGACGAUCAAGAAGAAUAGUCUUGUGCUGAGCAUCGAUGAUCGACCGAUGGAAACAACAAAAUUGAUCGACAUAACGACGGGAACGCUGUACUACAUCGGAGGUGGAAAGACCAAGGACGGAUUCGUUGGCUGUAUGCGAUCGUUUGCAAUCGAUGGUAAUUACCGCAUCCCGACCGACUGGAAGGAUGAAGAGUACUGCUGCAAGGGAGAGAUUUUGUUCGAUGCCUGCCAUAUGGUUGAUCGGUGUAAUCCGAACCCGUGCAAACACAACGGCAUCUGUAAGCAGACAUCGAUGGAAUUUACGUGCGACUGUGCGGGAACGGGUUAUGCCGGAGCCGUUUGCCACACUCCGAUGAAUGCCCUUUCUUGCCAGGCGUACAAGAACGUGCACGACGUGAAACAGCGGCAGCGUAUCGAGAUCGAUGUAGACGGCAGUGGUCCGCUCGCUCCUUUCCCGGUGACGUGUGAGUUCUACUCGGACGGUCGGGUAGUGACGAUGCUAAGUCACAGCUCGGAGCAUACGACGCGUGUGGAUGGGUUCGCGGAACCUGGUUCAUUCGAGCAGAACAUCAUAUAUGAGGCGGAGCUGCCGCAAAUCGAAGCACUGCUGAACCGUUCGUCGGAGUGCUGGCAGACGCUGACGUACGCGUGUCGCUCCUCGCGUCUGUUUAACUCUCCAUCCGAGCCUGAUAACUUCCGACCAUACGCGUGGUGGGUAUCGCGACACAACCAACCGAUGGAUUAUUGGGCCGGAGGAUUGCCCGGAUCGCGCAAGUGUCAGUGCGGAGUGGUGGGUAACUGCAUCGAUCCCACCAAGUGGUGCAACUGCGACUCGAACAGCCUCGACUGGCAGGAAGAUGGGGGAGAUAUCCGUGAGAAGGAAUAUUUGCCCGUGCGAGGAUUGCGCUUCGGCGACACGGGUACACCGGUCGAUGAGAAGCUCGGACGGUACACGCUAGGACCGCUGCGUUGCGCGGGCGACAGUUUGUUCAAUAACGAGGUGACAUUCCGUAUUGCGGAUGCUACAAUCGAUCUGCCACCGUUCGAUAUGGGCCAUUCGGGCGAUAUUUACUUCGAGUUUAAGACAACGAUCGAAAAUGCGGUAAUGCUGCAUGCCCGCGGACCGACCGACUUUAUCCGGUUGGAUAUUGUGGCCGGCACGAAGCUGUUGUUUGAGUAUCAGGCCGGUACGGGCACGCAGAAGGUGUACGUGGAGAUGAGCAAUAAGCUGAAUGACGAUCGGUGGCAUUCGGUGAGCGUGGAACGCAACCGAAAGGAGGCACGGCUCGUGGUGGAUGGUUCGACCAAAGCGGAAGUGCGAGAACCUCCGGGUCCGGUGCGUGCACUGCAUCUCAAUUCCACGCUAACAAUCGGCGCAAGGCUAGAUUAUCGUGAUGGUUAUGUCGGUUGUAUCAGAGCGUUGCUGUUGAACGGCGAUCCUGUGGAUCUACGAUCGUACGCCGAACGUGGACUGUACGGUGUAUCUCCUGGAUGUGUCGGAAGGUGUGAAUCGAACCCGUGUCUCAAUAAUGGAACGUGUACCGAGCGUUACGAUGGAUUCUCGUGCGAUUGCCGCUGGAGUUCGUUCAAGGGACCGAUCUGUGCCGAUGAAAUCGGUGUUAAUAUGCGAUCAUCGUCGAUGAUUAAGUACGAUUUCCAAGGUGCCUUUCGAUCGACCCUAUCCGAGCACAUCCGUGUGGGAUUCACCACCACUAAUCCGAAGGGCUUCCUGCUGGGUCUGUUCUCCAACAUCACGCAAGAGUAUCUCACGCUCAUGGUGUCCAACUCGGGCCAUCUGAAGGUGGUGUUUGACUUUGGGUUCGAGCGACAGGAGUUGAUCUAUCCGGUGAAACAUUUCGGCCUGGGCCAGUACCACGAUGUGCGCUUUUCGCGCAAGAAUCAAGGUUCUACCGUAGUGCUGUCGGUGGACAAUUACGAACCGCAGGAGUAUAACUUCGACAUCAAGGGUUCGGCGGACGCACAGUUUAACAACGUAGAGUACAUGUACAUCGGGAAGAACGAAUCGAUGAAGGACGGCUUUGUGGGAUGUAUUUCGCGCGUCGAGUUCGACGAUAUCUAUCCGCUGAAGUUCCUGUUCCAGGAGAAUCCGCCCCCGAACGUCCGAUCGCUCGGUACACCGCUGACGGAAGAUUUUUGUGGUGUGGAGCCAGUGACGCAUCCCCCGCUCGAGAUCGAAACCCGACCACCGCCUCUGAUCGAUGAGGAUAAGCUGCGUGAUGCGUAUGGACCCGAUACGGCCAUUCUUGGAAGUGUGUUGGCCAUUAUUUUGCUGCUGAUUAUACUGAUGGCGAUACUGAUCGGUCGAUACAUGAAUCGACACAAGGGCGAAUAUCUGACCCAGGAGGACAAGGGAGCCGAGGCGGCACUCGAUCCAGACGAAGCGGUCGUGCAGUCGACCACGGGCCAUCAAGUUACGAAGCGAAAGGAAUUCUUCAUCUAGACACACUCCACGUCCGGACCGGAAUUUCCUUGAAGCGUUAGUUCGCCCCGCUGUAAAUACUGUUAAAAUCGCGGUAGGAUCGACAUCAUUACCAGCCCCCCUUCCACAAACAAAAAGAUCGUACAAGAGGGGGUAAGGGAGACAGAAGAGAAGAGUUUUGGAGUGAAGAAAACCGAAAACAUAAUGAAAACAUACAGAAGGCCAUUCCGUGUUCGAAUGUUGUACUACGGUUGCAUUUCGCUAAUCGCGCGGCGUUUGUUCACUUUGUUUACGAUGCGUAUUAAGUUAAGGAAGUUCGUUUUAUAAUUUGACUCAAACAGAGACCCGUCCAUUAAGGUACUUCGAAACGAAGCGGUAAUGAAACAGGCAAGGAAACAGCAGUCGCGAAAGGAGUUGCGGAAUGAUAAGCGGGAUGAUAGGAUUUCUUUAAUUGUUUUAUUUUGCGUAAAAGUUAAGGUUUUAGUUUGUAGACUUUUUCACAAGGAACAAUUCGAAAUAGAAAGGUGCUCGACCAAACCGUAGGGUAGGAAACAGGAGAAAGAAGAUGGAGCCCGUGGCCUGCGAAAAGAAUCUCACCAACCAAUCGAGAAGAUCGAUUUCUCCUUCUUCCCCGGGGGAAGAGUACCGGCUGUUUUGUUUUCUUUAAACAUUUCCUUUCAUUUAAUCCGUCCCUUAGUACUUUAUUUUUGUACGUUUUUUUUGCUCGAAAAGUGAACACGAACGACGACACACACAUGUACACAGAAUGACAGAACGAUCGUGAACGUUUCUGUGCAACAGCAAUUCAGCUAACUGAAUGCGUAUCAGUUAGUUGAAGACGAACCAAUCAAGAAAGAAGAAUGAAAGAGGUUUAAAAAUAAAAGAAAACGAAACACGUGCAUGAGGAAGAAAAUGCAUUGCUGAAAGAAAUUGUAUUGAUUUUGAAAAUUUUCCAACCAAUUAUCCAAAUGCUACUGAAAACCCCUGCAAAAAAGCAUAGUUUUUGAAUUUUUUAAUGAAAAAAAUAUUAAAAACAUGUCCGAA